GGGAGGUGCCAGAGGCCGUAAGUAGCGCAGCGGUCUGACGGGAGGGGAGACGAUGUGCUUUCCCAGAAGGCGCUGCUGGAUGCACUUACGUCCGUAGUGAACGCCUUCUGGGAGCAGACUGAUGCGUUUGUGAGGUGGCUGACUGGAUGGUCUUACGUCAGUUUUGGCUUCGUUGGCGAUGCGCCCUAGUAACCCCGCGAAGCGAAUUGGAACCACAGGCGCUGGGGACCACUAGCUACCUGCCGUCCAUCGAACCUUUAGGGCCCGGCAAAGUGCCAGGAUGGGAUGGGUUGCUCCCCCCCCGCACCACCUACCCGGGCAGCGGUCCACUGCAACACGGCGGAGUUUGGGCCGUCAUGGGCGAGCAAAGCAAAGCAAGGAAGCUGUUUGUAGGGGGUAAGUUUGGUUGGCACUUGAAGGUUUUCUUUCUACUACACAUCAAUAAGUAGGAUUUCGAAACUUGGUCCUUUGAGCUUGUUCUACACAUCAUCUGAGAACUUGGCCCCUCCAGCUUUUCUACUACUACACAUGGCCAUCUGAAGACUUGAUCCUUCAAGCUUUUGUACUACACAGCCAUCUGGAGACUUGAUCCCUCAAGCUUUUGUACUACACAUAGCCAUCUGGAAAGACGAGGGACUCAUCACUCGCCCCCGUCACUUAUCGAGAGAUACGUACACACACAGAGAGCGAGACAUACAGCGAGACGACCAGCCAGUCAGUCAGUCAGUCAGUCGGUCGAUGCGCAACAAUGGCUCCCCCGACCGCCGCCACCACUACUACGACGGCGACUAUUAGCAGCACUGCUGCUGCGGCGUGCGAAGGCCGCCGUCCGGGUGAGGUGGUGAGGAUGGACACGACGAAGGGGCCGGAGGAGGAGCAGGAGGAGGAGGAGAUGGAGUGCCAGCUGGCGAGCCUUAGUCGGGGGCCGAACCCUCUCACCGGAAUCCCCACGUUCCCGUCCUUCCAGGAGCACCGCAGGCACAUCGUCGUGCACAUGGCGGCCGUCUUCCGCAACUGGGCGCGCAACGGCUACACCGAGGGCAUCUCGGGCCACAUCAGCGUGCGCGACCCCGAGUUCCCGGGGCUCAUCUGGAUGAACCCCAUCGGCAGGCACUUUGCCCUCUUGAACGGCAGCGACAUGCUGUGUCUGCGCAUCAGCGACGGCGAGGUCGUUGGUGGUAAUAGGACUCGACCGGCCAACAACCCGGGCUAUUACAUCCACUCGGAGAUCCACAAGGCGCGGCCCCACGACAUCCACGCCGUGUGCCACGCGCACACCAUCGCGGGGCGGGCGUGGGCGGCGUUCGGCCGGCCGCUGGACAUGAUCACGCAGGACAUAUGCGACGUGUACGGGGAGGCGCUGGCCGUGGACGGCGAGUACGGGGGCAUCGUGACGGCGGAGCAGGAGGGGCGGCAGAUCGCGCGGGCGCUGGGUCGGCGCGGCAAGGCGGCGGUUCUGCUCAACCACGGGCUCAUCAGCGUGGGGCACACGGUCGACGAGGCGAGCUUCCUCUUCGGGCUCGUGGAUAGGAGCUGCGAGAUCCAGCUGCGCGUCGAGGCGGCGUGCGCGGGGGGGAACCCGGCCCUGAGGAAGAGGAUCAUCCCGCGCGAGCUGGCGGAGGCGAACUUUAGGAUGGCGGGGGAGAAGAACUGGCUCUACGAGGAGGCGCAGCCGGAUAUCCAGUAUGAGAUUGAGAUGGCGGGGGAGGUCAUACGGGCUGGGCUCGAUGACAUUGGGGUGGAUGUGUGAGAGUCGCAGAGCAGCAGCAGCAGAGCAGAGCAGAGCAGGGCGAAGGGCAAUACGAUGAUGGGAUGCGAGGGCAUCACCACGCAGUACGUACACUCAGCUGGCAGAAGAGCUGCCUGUCUGGCCCUUUUGAUGAUGAUGAUGAUGC